CAGUUCAAACGGUUUUAUUUUCUUUCGCCGUAAGCACGUCAUCGGUCUUUUCAGUCAGUUGGCCGUUGAUGUGAUAUUUACAGCUUUUGAACUUGGUUAGUUCAAUUUUUGUUUUAAGUCGUGUAAUUUUUUAUAUUUUCCUGUGAUUUCUGUAAAGCUAAAACAAUGGCCACACAUUUUCGCAUCGCAAGAACCGACGAGAAUGACGCCGUCCGUAUUCAGGCAAAGAAAGUGCUCAAUGAACCAGCUAACGUGAAAAGAGCCGUAUUAGGAGAGCUUGGAAAUAAGGUGCUGAAAAAUGUUGCUCAUGGCAAAGGCAAAGAAUUCAAAUCUAAUGAUGCAAUUUUCAAAAACGUCAAGCCUCGUGUCGAUACGCACUGGAAGAAAACGGAUGCUCCGGCAUCGGUUUGCUCGGUUUCGAAACCGGUAACACGUUCCGAGUCUCUCAAAAGUCUAAACAACAUAGGAAUUGUAAAGAAUACCAAAACGACCAACACCGUUCAACCCAAGGUGGUCCAUUUGACAAAGGGUGCAGAAGUAAAAAAGGUAAAGGUGGUAAAUCUGAAGCGAGAGGAGAGCCGCCUGACCCGACGUUCGCUCACCAAGCUAAAGCAAAUAAAAAAACAAGCCGAGGUAUCUUCUGCCUCGUCGUCAGCGAGGAAUUCUGACGAGGAAGAUGAUUACAAAAUAGAGAAACCGGACUCACCUGGCACGCAUUCCCAUAAACUAAUUGAGGAAGUUGAGAACAUUGACAUCAACGAUGCUUGGAAUCCGAUGUUGGUUUCGGAAUACGUAAAUGACAUCUACAACUAUUUGAACAAUCUGGAAGAAACGUUUGCAAUUAGGGAUAACUUCCUCGAGGGCCAUAAGCAGAUAAAUCAUAAAAUGCGCACCAUCCUCAUUGAUUGGAUCAAUGAAGUUCAAUAUCAGUACAAGCUUGAAAUCGAUACCUAUCACAUGACCGUUUCAAUUAUCGACAGGUAUCUUCAGCUAAUAACCGAUACUCCCAAGAAAGAAUUGCAACUAGUCGGUGUAACAGCCAUGUUUAUUGCCUCCAAGUACGAGGAACUGUUCCCACCGGACAUUGAUGACUUUGUCUACAUAACCGAUGAAACGUACAAGAAGAAACAGAUUCUCGAAAUGGAGAAGCGAAUCGUCAAAGUUCUGGAUUUCCACCUAGGGAAGCCCUUACCGACACAUUUUUUGAGACGUUUCUCCAAGGCAGCCAAAGCCGCCGACAAGAAUCACCAGUGUGCCAAGUAUUUGAUUGAGAUGGCCAGUAUCGAUUACGACACUGCGCACUACAAACCGUCUGAGAUCGCCGCUGCUGCACUGUACAUGUCGUUGAGCUUGUUCCCACUGGCCAAUAGCACCGAGCCCAAGGUAUGGACUAAAACCCUCGAACAUUACACACACUACACAGUGGAACAUUUGACACCGAUCAUUCAGAGGCUGGCAAAAACAGUGAAGAAUGCUCCCCUCAUGAAAGUUCAAUCCGUUUAUUCCAAGUAUCAGUCGAGCAAAUUUGAGAGGAUUUCUAUUCAGCCCGAGUUGCAGGGAUCGUUGAUGGACAAUUUGAUAGACGGUGAACUGAAGCCUUAAAUGUAGUUAAUUUCUUUGCAUAAAUGUAUUUAUCUACCAUUUUAUUGAAGACAAGUGACUUUAUUUGCCGAAUGACAAUAGGUAUCUACAAUUUAUAUCCUCUAAAUAGUUGUUUUUUACCCGCGUAGUGUAUUGAUUAUUCGUAUAAGAAGAUUUUAAGAAUCCUAAAACGCAUUAAAAUUUUGGUUAGGAAUUCUCGGUUCGGUAAAUUGGAUGAAUCCAUGCGCGAAUAUUGUUUGAACCAAUACGAAGAUAUUGUAUAAUCAUCCUGUAUAAAAAGACAAUUCAAUAAACGGAUCAACGAUUUUGGAUA